AUGGGAGCGUGCCUCGAUCCCCACCACCGGCAGCAGCUGAGUACGGUGGACGACGGGCAUUUGAAGACCUGGGACCUGCGAUCCAGCCGACUGGCCUUCCGCAAGGAUGGUGUUCACCUGUUUGGCGCCAAAGACGUGGACUACAACCCCAAUGUGCCAUAUCAGGUCCUCACGACGGGAGAGGAUGCAUGCCUGCGCUUCUGGGAUCUCAGGCAGCUGUCCACUUGCCUGCGCAGCCUCUCCGGUGGCCACCACCACUGGGUUGUCAAGGCGCGCUUCAAUGCUCACCACGAUCAGUUGGUGCUCUCCUGCGGUACAGAUUCCAUGGUUUGCCUCUGGCGGGCAACGUCUGUAGCUUCGGCUCCACUGGGAGGAAAGCGAGGGGAGGAGGCUGCGCGAGCUUCAGAUGGGCUGGUGCGGAAGUAUGAGGAGCACGAGGACUCGUGCUACAGUUGCUGCUGGAGUUCUUCAGAUGCCUGGGUCUUCGCCUCCGUGUCCUUCGAUGGGAAGUUGGUGGUAAACCGAGUUCCGGAUGAGGAGAAGUACCGGAUCCUUAUGUAA